GUUGCGUUGUAGAUGGAGCGCUUGUCUGUGCCGUAACCUUGUGGGAUGGCCAAGGGAUGGCGAACUUCGGUAUUCAUCGCUUGCAAAUUAGCGAUAGCGACGACAGCGACCGCAACAUUCUCGUGAGAGCUGACAGAUUCGCAUCGUACGAGAGCACGGAGCGCAUCGAUGCCACCACUUCUUGGGCCACUGCUUCCCAUGCCGACAUCCCGUUAGAUCUCACCAACUCCGUGGAAACCAGUCAUUCGGGGCACACUGAACUAAGUUUCCCCAGUGGUGAGAUACAGGGGGAACGGCUGGCAAAGUGCUGGCAGUCAAACUACCACGAGGCGGCAAUAUUUCUGGAGGAAGGAGAAAACAAUGACAAGCUCGACUUCCACCCGUGCAGCCGCGAAGCACUACCAGCCUACCUGGUCGUCCAUAAUGUGCUCUUCUACUGCCUCGACCUGCUUUCAGCCACUGUGCUUAUGGCACUGGCCCUUAUGGAGGCCCCUGCUGUACCAGGCCUCAGUGUUCCUGUGGCUCUUCAUGUUUCCGUUGAACUACUGGCCCUCUCAGUAGUUGCUGUUGAACUGUGCAUGAAACUUCGAUGGAUGGGGCUCAAACCGUUCUUUACUCACAAGAGAACUGUCUUUAAACUGUCGAUCCUGCUGUUAAUGCUCAUAGAGGCACUUGUGGUUGCUGCUCGGCAGGCCACACACUUUCGCAUCCUCCGUGCCCUCAGGCCCAUCUUUCUAAUCGACAACCACUACUUGGGCGGCGUUCGGAGAUUGACUCGACAGAUCCUGCAGUCUCUUCCACCUGUGUUUGAUAUGUUGGUCAUAUUGUUUUUCUUCAUGACUGUGUUUGCCAUUCUAGGAUAUCACAUCUUCUCAUUUGUUGACAACCAGCCCUACUUCAGUACACUCUAUGACAGCCUCGUGAAUCUCUUUGUACUGUUGACAACAUCCAACUUCCCUGAUGUGAUGAUACCGUACUACGCCAACUCCAAAUGGGCUGCGCUGUUUUUUGUUGUGUUUCUGCUCGUCCACCUCUACUUCCUGAUGAAUUUGGUGUUGGCGGUAGUGUACGAGCGUUUCUCAUCCCUGGAGAAGGACAAGUUCCGCAAGCUGCUGCUUCAUCGCAGGAAAGCCUGCCACCAGGCCUUUCGCCUGCUCGUUAAUCGGUCCUCCCCGUCGUGCCUCUACUUCUGCCACUUUGAGGGACUCAUGAAGUACUACAAGCCACGUGCGAAGCGAAGAGAUGUCUACCUGAUGUUCAAGACCAUGGACACGGCACAGAAUGGAUUUUUAAGCCAAGAAGAGUUCCUUCAGGUGUAUGAAGCCAGCAAGCUCACGUGGGAGCGGAAAUGGUCGGACUACCCUUGGUUCAAUGAGCUGAAAAGACCAUUUGAGAGAAAACUUUUUGAAGGUGCCUACAAAGUGAUAACUUGGAAAUGGAGCAAUGUUAUCAUAUACCUUGUGAUUGCAACAAGCUUUCUGUGGCACAUAGUGGAAAUCACGCAGUUCACAGGUGACUCCUCAUCAAUCAUAGGGGAUGGAAAGACUGGACUUUCAGCAUGGAUUCUAGUUGGGCUGCUCGUAUUUUACCUCGCCGAGAUGCUUUUGAAGAUAGCAGCCUUUGGGGUGGCCGACUACUUCCACCAGGGCUGGAACAAGUUUGACUUUGUGGUCAUUGCAGCUGCUGUUGUGUUUGGGUCUAUAGGAGCCUUCCUGGACGCCAACCUGCUCAGAAUACUCAUUUUUCGAUCACUGCGUCUUCUCAAGUUGUUUCAGUUGAAGAAGAGCUACCACGACGUCUUAGGCACAGUGUUCAUCCUGAUGCCUCGAUUCGCCAGCGUUGGUGUCGUCCUCAUUAUUGUCUACUACUUCUUCGCCAUCAUUGGAAUCGAAGUUUUUUCACAGUACGUCAUGGAGGACUGUUGCAAGAACACAACAGUUGAACUCUACUUUGCCACGAAUACAUCAUCCGGGCCGGGCUAUUUCUACUUGAUGAACUUUCACAACAUGGCCAACAGUUAUGUGACCCUAUUUGCCCUGAUGGCUGUCAACAAUUGGUUCAUCAUCAUGGACGGAUACGCUGCUGUCACAUCCGAGUUCAGCCGCCUGUUCUUCAUGUCCUUUUAUCUUAUCACCAUGAUCGUCCUUCAAAUUGUUGUGGCCUUCGUGCUCGAGGCAUUCAUAUUCAGGAUACAGUACAAAAUGAAGAUAGGCAAAGAGAGCAAAGAGGACAACCUCGUGAGAGUCGAGACGACAAUGUCGCGAAUGGAGCUGCAGUACUGCAGCGUGCCUCCCGAGUUGUCCAGAAACCCACAGCCGCUGGUUUACGAUGUGGACAGUGGUUCGCAGAAACUUGUAUUUCGAGGAGUGCGCUGGAAAACGAAGUUCUCCUUCUGCCUCAAGAUGUAUGCCGACGAAGCAAAGGAGUGGCUGGACCAUGCGGAACUGGAGGAAAGGCGCUCCAACGACUGGCUAGUGCUCAACAUGCAAAGUUCCGAAGCCGAUGGUGGAAGCCGAUGGAACGAAAACAAUCCCAAUCGUCGGACAUUUACCUUAUGACUACAAACGGCUUCAGUGUAACGAUGUGUACAGCUGUACAGUUCAUCAGUGCGAUUCAUAUUUUGGACAUCAUCCAUGCCAUUACUGCUGCUCGGUGAAAUGAGAGUUACAGUGCGUCAGACAGCCCUGGUAAUGCUGCAAACUCGCAAACUUCAGUUACUGCAAUUUUUUUUUUCACUUGGAUUACAGUAUAAUCUUGAUAAAUGACAACCUCUGAAAUAGAACAACAGCCUCAGAUUUUUUUUUGUACUGGGCAGUGCAAAGAAAAUCCCUUCAUCUACCUGUAAAUUGAAUUGCUUUUAAUGUUACGACCAUUCAAGGAGCACAAUUCGAAACCCCAAUUUAAACAUUUUUUUUUCAGAAAGAGCCACACUUUGAAAUCCUUUCGGAUUUGGUUUCCUGUGUAAAACGAUAAAUUUUAAUGCUCCAGCUAAAAGAAAGGGAGUAUAUUUUUAUGUGCGAUAUGUGCUCAGACAUCUACUAUUAUUUGGAAAUUAACUCUGUCACUUUAAGAGUUCGGCAAACAAUCGUAUGAGCUUGUGUGAUGUACAGUGUUCCAUCCGUACACAUACUCGUCGGCAAGCGAAGGUCCCGGUUAAAUGCAACAAGUUCUCUUGGUCUUGAGGUUCCAUUUAACAAGAUUAUACUGUAAUUUACAGAGAGUCGGUGGCAUGCUCGGUUUUGCAUUUGCAAGCUGCCUUAGAACGUGCUAUGCAAAACAGCGAAGCAUAUCUGCAUUGAACAAACGUUUCCUAUGUGGAAGGCAAAGAACAUAAGACAACACAGAAAAUUUUUCAGGCAGCUGAAUUGACUAGACCUUCGCUAGGUGGAAGGCAAAGAGUACAAGACGAGAUAGAAAACACGCAGGUUGUUUUUACGGCAGUUAUUACUGCUAAUGCAUUGUGAACUGUGCAAGGCUUGGAAAAGGUUUUAUUCCCUUCCCCAUAAACAUUAAUUUUGCACUGACUAUAAUGAUGUAUGCACCUUGUCCCAUCUUUAAUGUAGUCAGCCAGAAGAGCACUUAAAGUUAAGCUCCGACACAACGAAUCAAAUUUUUCACAAUCUUCAGACUGCUGCAACUAGCAUGUAUAUCGCCAUCACCUAUGCAUUGACAAAUGUCUGUGACAACUCCUGUGGAAUGUCAACUUGCACAGGCUUUAUUAUCCAAACUUGGGUUACCAGGGUGGUUGCUAACCAACUAUUACUAUAUGUUAGUUUUACGACUUUUUAGCAUGCAGUUUGAAUGCACAUUGCACGGCGAGCACGAAUUCAAUGCAACUUUUGUGCAAGUUCAGUCUUGUGAUCCUGUACAUUUACGAAGUUUUCUGUGUUUUAAAGGCAUUAAAUUUUAAAGUACGAAAAAGAAAGGUUAAUUUAGUAUUUACAUUUCAGUUUGCAUAUUUUAAGCAAUUGUUUUGUCUUGACAAGCCAAAGAGAACCAGGCUGAAACAUUUUUUUUUCUAUUGAGCUGCUCUAGUACAGCGUUGUUUUUAAUCAUUUAUGCGCAGCUUACCUCAUGCUUCAUUCAUUGUCGUAACUUUGUGAAUGGAGGUCACAUUUCGUGCUGCACUUUUUAGUGUCACAAGAAUUUAAGCCAGGUGCUCCUUAAUGGCCAUGUUGACUAGUAUUUGUUGCAAGUUUCGGCUCUUUUAUGGCAGGGUUUUUUACAAACAACCCUCAAUGCACGGCUCCUUUAAAACUUGGCAGAGAAGCCCCUGACGUUAUUUUUAACUUUGAUCGCAGGUGCAGCUGCUUUACAUCAUAAAUGCAAACACACCUUAGGUGCUUCAAGUAGCUUAAUUGUAACA